GUGGGCAGUUGAAAUACAUCGCUUAAGUUUGGAAAUGUUGGGCUUGUGGCCUAAAGAUGUUAUGGUUUCUGUAAGAAGUUUAUGGUCAGAACUUCAUGCAAGCAUUAUUUUAAUUUUAUUAAUAUUUGUUUGUAAUGUUCCGACGAUAUGUACCAUUAUAAAAGUUUGGGGCGAUAUGGUACUUGUAAUCGACAAUUUACGUCUUAUGUUACCUCUGCUGAUAGCAUCAGUGAAAUAUGUCAUUAUGCGAUGGAAACGAACAGUUCUUUUAUCGAUUGUAAAUAUGAUGGCGGAAGAUUGGAUGGCAUUCAAAUCGGAUGCAGAGAGAGCUGUGAUGAUAAGGCGAGCACGAACUGCUCGAUUAAUCAUGAUCAUUGGAUAUGCUUUUAUCCUAAUCUCGCUUCUCAUAAUAACUGUGCCUACUUAUUUUGGCAUUCAAGUAUUACACAUAGGGAAUUUGACGAAGCAGAGCAAACCCUUACCACUGGAGACGUAUCAUUUUUACGAUACAGAUAAGAGCCCGCAGUUUGAGUUGACAUUUUUCUUUCAUGUUUUAACAAUGUUGUUAUCGAGUACCACUUAUAUGGCUGUAGAUAUCUUUUUAUUACUAAUUAUUCUUCAUAUUUGCGGCCAGCUAGAGAAUUUUAGAUAUCGACUAAUUAGUUUGGUCUCAUGCAAAAAUUUCAACAAAAGUUUAAAUGACAUUGUAGUGUUCCAUUUACGUCUUAUCAAGUAA